GCUUCUUGCGGCCGUCAUGGAGUUGCCGCGCUCAUGUCGAGAAGGCUCGACCCCGCCCUGCUUACGUCGAGGCUGAUCGGCCUCGUCAAGAGCCGCCACUGGACCGCUGCAUUGUCUAUUCUUUACAGGUUGGAUGGGCAAGGGCCGGAUGUCAACAUACUUCACUACAACGCUACCCUCUCGGCGCUCGGCGCCGUACGGCUCUGGGACAUCGCACUGGAGGUGCUGGCGCUGCUUGAGCGCCGCGGGAGGCGUGGGGACCUGUUCAGCUAUUCUGCCGCCAUGAGCGCAGCUUCCCGUGGCCACGGGUGGCCGCGCGCGCUGGCGCUGUUCGAGGAUGCCAGGCGUCGUCAGAUGGAGCUGGACGUCGUGAUGUGGACUGCGGCCGUAGACGCUUGCAAGGAGGGAUCGAGCUGGGCGGAGGCUCUCCAGUGCUUGGCCGAGAUGUUCCGGGUCCGCGUGGCAGCCAAUGUCUUCGCAUACGGUGCGGCUACGAGUGCGUGCGAGAAGGGGCGGCGCUGGCGGCACGCACUGGCCCUGCUCGAGGACAUGCAGGGUAGAGCGGUUUUGCCCAGCUCCAAGGUCCUCAGCGCCCUCGUCCUCGCGUGCGGGAAGGCCCGCGAGUGGACCGUCGCCGCCGCGCUGCUCUUGGAGAUGAUGGGGGCACGCACCGUGCCCGACGCGCUGACGUGCAGCAUGGCGCUCAGCGCGUGCGGGUCAGGGGAUCACUGGCAGCAGACGCUCCAGCUCCUGCAUACAGCGCGGGUGCGGAGCGUUCGCAUGUCCAUCAGCUCGUACAACGUUGCGGCCAGCACGUGCCAGAGCAUGCGCAUGUGGAAGGAGGCGCUGUGGUUGGCGCAAGAGGCGACCCAAUCCCACAUCGUGCCCGACGCGCUCACCUGCAACACCAUCGCCAGCGCCUGCGAGAAGGGGCAGCAGUGGCGUGAGGCCAUCGGCUGCCUGCGGGCGAUGAGCCGCCGCCUGAUCGAGUGCGACGUCAUCACGUACAGCGCCGCCAUCAGUGCGUGCGAGAAGGCGUGGAGGGGCGAUGAGGCACUGCGCCUCUUCGGCGAGAUGCACCGGCGGCAGGUCCGGGCGAACGUGGUGUCCUGCAACGCCGCAGUCAGCGCCUGCGCUGCCAGCGCCGACUGGCGGGCCGCGCUCGCGGUGCUCGCCCGCUCCAGGGCGGGCCUGCUCCUGCCGGACGCCAUCACCUGCGGCGCGUGCGUCAGCACCUGCAUCCAGGGCGGGGAGUGGGCGCUCGCCCUCGCCCUCCUCGCGGAUCGGCGGCUCUCAAAGGCCCUGGCCCUCCGGCUCUCCGCGCUGCGGCCCCGGCUGGAGGGGGCCGCGCACCGGAUGCCGCCCGGCCACGCCGUGCCGGGCCGCGGCGCGCAGGGGCCGCGGCCGGCGGCGCGGAGGCUCGGCCGCGGGCCGGGGCCUGCCGCCGUGGGCGCCGGGGCGGCGGAGGCGCAGGCCCUGGCGGGCGAGGUGGGCGCCGCCGCGGCCAGGCGCGGCCUCGACGCGGGCCGCCACGUGUUCCGUGCCGCGUCCCCGAGGCCAAGGGUUACCCUCUCCGUUUUCUCGAACGCCUCUGCGGAGGCUGCCUACGAGCCCGCGAGGGCGCUCCACACCCAGCUGCCCUGA